AUGGCUACUUACAUCAAAUCUUGUCAUCUUUCACGAAGUGUUAUCGUUCUUGCUUUUAUUCUAUACUUGUCUCUUUUUAGUUGCAUACUUUGUGUAGCUUCAGUUAAUGUGGGUAAAAGAGGUGGCUUUGUUCAAAUAAAGGGACCUAACUUUGUCAUUAACGGUUCACCGUUUCUAUUCAACGGCUUUAAUGCGUACUGGAUGAUGAAUGUAGCCACCGAUCCGAGUGAGAGGUACAAGGUGUCCCAAGUCCUACAAGACUCUACGAAUGCUGGUCUUUCAGUAUGUCGCACAUGGGCUUUCGCUGAUGGUGUUGAUGAUAAAGCAUUACAAAUUUCACCAGGAGUAUAUGAUGAACGUGUAUUUCAGGGAUUGGAUUUUGUGGUAGCAGAAGCAAGAAAAUACGGUCUCCGGUUGAUAUUAAGUUUUGUUAACAAUUAUAAGGACUUUGGAGGGAGACCACAAUAUGUUGAGUGGGCUAGAAGCUCGGGCGUUCAGCUCAAAAGCGAUGACGAUUUCUACACAAAUCCUGUAGUUAAAGGGUAUUACAAGAACCAUGUUGAAAGAGUUAUUACAAGAGUGAAUACAGUCACCAAAAUCUCUUACAGUGAUGACACUACAAUCAUGGCAUGGGAACUUAUUAACGAACCCCGUUGCCAACUAGAUUACUCGGGACGAAUGGUUAAUGGUUGGGUUCAAGAAAUGGCUUUGUUUGUUAAAUCAUUGGAUCGACAUCACUUGUUGGAGAUUGGAAUGGAAGGGUUUUAUGGAGACACGAUGCCCGAACGAAAACAAAUAAACCCCGGUUACCAGGUUGGAACCGAUUUCAUCAGCAGCAAUCGUGUUAAGGAAAUCGAUUUCGCCACUAUACAUGCAUAUCCUGAUCAAUGGUUGUCCGGACAAAAUGAUGAUUCACAAAUGGCAUUUAUGCAAAGAUGGAUGUCAAGUCACUACGAAGAUUCAAGAACUAUCCUAAAGAAGCCAUUGGUAAUAGCCGAAUUUGGAAAGUCAAGCAAAGAUCCAGAUUAUAACAUUAACAAAAGAAAUUCAUACAUGAAUGCUGUUUAUAGAAACAUUUACAUGGAGGCAAAGAGUGGAGGGACGGUUGGUGGUGGUUUAGUGUGGCAGCUUAUGGCAGACGGGAUGGGUUCCUACGGUGAUGGAUACGAAAUUAUCUUGUCGGAAAACCCGUCCACGGAUAGUAUCAUUUCGCAACAGUCUCAUGCCAUGGGCACUCUAGCACAUAUGUUAAGAAGUGGACCUGAAAAUGUUGCUGUUAAUCAAGCUAGUGAAGUUGAGUUUGGUCAAGUUAGAGGUCCUUCAUAUGUGGUAAACCAUCGAAAGGGAAUGAGGAAGGCUGGUCCUUGA